AUGAUGGUUAGCUGCCGGAGCGGCGCCGCUGGUAUCGAGUCCACACGGCCCCGCUCGACCCGCCUUCGCGUGGUUGGCCAUCGUCUCAGCCGUCCACCAGCAGCCAAUAUAGUGGACUUCAAUAGUGUGACGGAGCAGUUGGCAAGACGAGUGGCGAGGAACCCGUUUGUUCCAUGGAAGGUUUUGAAGCGCAGCGGGGCUGCGUACCAAGCUGCCCCAGCAGCUCCUGCCGCUGCUGUCUCCGACUCGGCGGCGUCUCUGCAUUCUAUCAAGGCCAACAGAAUCCCGGCUCGCCGACUGAAAAAGCAGCGACCGCGGCAACGAGGAGCUAGCGUUGGAUCCUUUCACAAGCCUGAUCUGGCAUCGCCAGGGGCCGCAGCAGUUUCGCCGCUCUUCCAUGCGGCUGCAUGCGCUACUCGUGGUCGCCUCCGCAGCAGCCAACAUCUCCCAGCCUGCAGACGAGGCAUGAGUUUUUCCAGCUGCGAGGAGCCCGGCCGUGCGGAAGAAGGCGUCGCUGUGCCGAACAGGCAGAGCGAAACCGGCGCGCCUCCGCAUCCGCCCGUACCGCCAUGGUGGCCACCGAGUGGUCGCGGGUCUGAAGGCAACUCGUGGGGUUCGAUUCCUGUUUCUUAUUGUUAUCCACUGUCUCGCCCGGAGGCGGAAGAUCCGCUGCCCUUGCCGCUCAUGCACGAGUGUCGUUUUAGUUUUGAGAAUGUAUCGCUCCCCCUGUGCUUUCCGAGUCGGAGCACCGCCAUCUCGGAAGGCGGCGAUACACAAGCCUCGGACGGCUCGGAGGUGUCGUUGGGGGAUACCGCUGGCAUGGCGAUAGCGGGUCUGGGAUAUGACCUGGACGGUGAUGUCGCACGGGGUACGGCGUGGGCGCCAAGUCGCUCGGAGUGCAAAUCUCUGGCGGCUGGGAAGAAGGCUGCGCCCUUUGUGAUUAGACUUCGGACUGUGAAGCACCAGCACGCAUGGCGCGAGACCCUUUGCAGCGGCCCACCUUGCUGGGACGCUGCGGAUGAACCCCAGUUACGGCGGCAGUCGUCUUCUUCCUCAGCUGUCGACGACAGCACGUGCCCGACAGAGGACGGAGGCAGCACAGCGGAGCUCCCGGAGAAGACGAUGUCUCCGCCUUCUAGCGCCAGUAUCGCGCCCAGUGAGAGGAAAGAAAAGCUUGAGGACGACGAGUACCUGCGAACCGUGGAUACGCAGUCUCUUGACUCGUCCCUCGCCGAUAAGGCAGCAAGCGGCGGGCUGCUUGUGAGCGACGAGCGAGCGCUCCAACUCGCUGAUGAACCGGCGGUGGCAAGUCCGCUGAACGUAGAAUCUUUGCGUGCGGAAGCGCGAUCGUGCGCCGUCUAA